AUGGUGAAAGAAACAAUCACCCACUUGGAAUCCUCUACUAGGGCCAGCGAUGACCACAAUGGUGCCGAGAAGGGCCACCUCGAGCAAGUCAACUUGCACAACAAUGUGUCUGCCAAAAUCAAGAAUCCACUUGCCGAUCUGAGCCAGUCUCAAGUGCUUUGCGAUGUGGAAGACUUCGCCCAGGAGUACAACGUCACCGAUAUCUUACCGGAGCUGAAGAAGGGAGCACUUGUUGCUCGCGAUCCUGCCGAAUUCGAAGCUGUUCCUGACCUCACAGACCAUGAGAUUAGUGCUCUACGGGAUGAAGUCCUUCACAAAUGGCGUCAACCCAAGGCCCUCUACUUUACGAUUAUUCUUUGUUCGAUUGGUGCUGCCGUCCAGGGAUGGGACCAGACCGGUUCCAACGGUGCUAACUUGUCCUUUCCCGAUGCUUUCGGUAUUCCCGAAGACGCGAGCGUGAAGAAUCAGUGGCUCGUUGGUAUUGUGAACGCUGCCCCCUACAUUGCAAGUGCUGUGCUUGGAUGCUGGCUCUCCGAUCCCAUGAACCGAAUCCUGGGCCGUCGUGGUACAAUCUUCAUCGCUGCCAUCUUCUGUGUACUGUCUCCUAUCGGCUCCGCUUUCACCCAGAACUGGCCCCAGCUGUUCAUCACUCGUCUGCUGCUCGGAAUUGGCAUGGGUCUGAAGGCUUCUACUAUCCCCGUCUUUUGUGCCGAGAAUACACCUGCCCCUAUUCGUGGCGGUCUGGUCAUGUGUUGGCAGCUUUGGACGGCCUUUGGCAUAUUCCUUGGCUUCAGCGCUAACCUGGCAGUCAAGAACACGGGUUCCUUGUCUUGGCGUCUGCAGCUGGGGUCUGCCUUUAUCCCAGCCGUGCCUCUUCUGUGCGGUGUCUUCUUUUGCCCCGAGUCUCCUCGUUGGUACAUCCGACGGGGCGAGAUGGGCAAGGCUUUCAAGUCUCUUUGCCGCCUGCGCAAUACACCGCUCCAGGCUGCUCGGGAUCUUUACUACAUUCAUGCUCAAAUCCAGAUUGAGCAGGGCAUUAUUGGAGAGAGCAACUACGUUACUCGAUUCGUCGAGCUGUUUACUAUUCCUCGGGUCCGUCGCGCUACGCUUGCCUCGUUCACGGUGAUGAUUGCUCAGCAGAUGUGUGGAAUCAACAUCAUCGCUUUCUAUUCCAGUACCAUCUUUCAGCAAGCCGGCGCCAGUACCACUGGAGCUUUGUUCGCAUCGUGGGGAUUCGGUCUGGUGAACUUCCUGUUCGCUUUCCCGGCAAUUUGGACCAUUGACACAUAUGGCCGCCGAGCUCUGCUUCUGUUUACCUUCCCCCAGAUGGCUUGGACCCUUCUCGCAGCUGGGUUCUGCUUCUGGGUCCCGGGAGACGGAGGUGCUCAUUUGGCAACCGUUGCUCUCUUUAUCUUUUUGUUCGCCGCAUUCUAUUCUCCAGGAGAAGGCCCUGUCCCCUUCACAUACUCUGCUGAAGUCUUCCCACUGUCUCAUCGUGAAGUUGGCAUGUCGUGGGCUGUGGCAACCUGCCUAGGAUGGGCCGCAGUGCUCUCCAUCACUUUCCCGCGCAUGCUCUAUGCCAUGACUCCUACCGGAGCCUUUGGCUUUUACGCGGGCCUGAACGUAACUGCGUUGGUCAUGAUCUUUUUGUUUGUUCCCGAAACUAAGCAGCGAACUCUUGAAGAGCUCGACUACAUUUUUGCGGUCCCCACCCGGGUUCACAUGCACUACCAGGUCUUCAAGGCACUUCCUUGGUGGAUAAACAAGUACAUCCUCCGCAAGAACGUCGAGCUUGAGCCUCUUUACAAGUUUGACCAAACUGCACGAAGCCAGAGUAUUGUAUCUGAGACUGUCAAGUCGUAA